AUGGCUGCUACUUCUGCUGUCCAUUUUACCGUGAAUUCCUCAGAAACCAAGAGACCCAUCUUCUUCACUUCACCGUUUAGACAAAUUCCAACCAAAAGAUUCAACCUUUCUUGCAGGUCCACCAAGUCUCCUCCAAAAUCUCCACCAGAUUUAGCAGAACCCAACAGCAAGAACAACAAGAAGAAGAACGACAACAACAACCAAAAAAACCCAUCUUUAUCUUUGUCUGAGCAACUCCAGCCUCUAACCUCAACCACUCUCUCCAACCCUCCCAAAGACCAAUCCCAAUUGCUUUCCAAGCCGAAGUCCAUUUGGGUGAACCCUGCCAAGCCCAAACGCUCUGUGCUCUCUCUGCAGAGGCAGAAACGGUCACUUUACUCUUACAAUCCUCAGGUGAGAGAUCUCAGGCAGUUUGCUCAUAAGCUCAAUGAUUGUGAUGCCUCUCAAAGUGCUUUCUUGGCUGCUCUUGAAGAAAUCCCACACCCACCCACUAGAGAAAAUGCGCUUUUGAUACUCAAUAGCUUGAAGCCAUGGCAGAAAACCCAUAUGUUCUUCAAUUGGGUGAAGGCCCAGAAUUCGUUUCCCAUGGAUACCAUAUUCUACAAUGUCACAAUGAAGUCUUUGAGGUUUGGGAGGCAGUUUCAACUCAUUGAAGAGCUUGCUGAGGAGAUGGUAAGCAAUGAGAUUGAGCUUGAUAACAUUACUUACUCCACUAUAAUUACUUGUGCCAAGAGGUCCAAGCUUUUUGACAAGGCAGUGGAGUGGUUUGAGAGGAUGUACAAGACUGGUUUAAUGCCUGAUGAGGUGACUUACUCUGCUAUUUUAGAUGUUUAUGCCAAAUUGGGAAAGGUUGAGGAGGUUCUUAGUUUAUAUGAGAGAGGGAGAGCCAGUGGGUGGAAACCAGACCCCAUUGCAUUUUCUGUCUUGGGUAAGAUGUUUGGUGAGGCUGGGGACUAUGAUGGCAUUAGGUAUGUCUUGCAGGAAAUGGCUGCUCUUGGUGUGCAGCCUAAUUUGGUUGUGUACAAUACUUUGUUAGAGGCAAUGGGCAAGGCUGGAAAGCCUGGUUUAGCAAGAAGCUUAUUCGAAGAAAUGGUGGGAUCCGGACUGAAACCAAAUGAGAAAACAUUGACAGCGCUUGUUAAGAUCUAUGGCAAGGCUAGGUGGGCUCGAGAUGCUUUGGAAUUAUGGGAACGAAUGAGGUCGAACGAGUGGCCUAUGGACUUCAUUUUGUAUAACACAUUGUUGAAUAUGUGUGCUGACCUUGGUUUGGAGGAGGAAGCUAAGAAGCUUUUCGAGGAUAUGAAGCAGUCGGAGCAUUGUAGGCCGGACAGUUGGAGUUACACGGCAAUGUUGAACAUUUUUGGGAGUGGAGGGAAUGUUGAUGAGGCAAUGGGGUUGUUUGAAGAAAUGUCUGAGUUGGGGAUUGAGCUGAAUGUCAUGGGGUGCACUUGUUUGAUUCAGUGCUUGGGGAAAGCUAGAAGAUUCGGCGAUAUGGUUCGAGUCUUUGGUGUUGCAGUUGAAAGAGGGGUUAAACCAGAUGAUAGGCUUUGUGGGUGCUUACUGUCUGUUGUGUCAUUGUGUGAAAAAACUGAGGAUGAGGAUAAGGUCCUCUCUUGUUUGCAGCAGGCUAAUCCCAAGUUGGUUACCCUUGUCAAAGUGCUGCAAGAUAAGAAACUUGGGUUUGAGACAAUUAAAGAUGAGUUCAGGGAUGUUAUCAGUGGCACGUCAGUUGAAUCCCGGAGACCCUUCUGUAAUUGCUUGAUAGAUAUAUGCCGAAACAAAAACAACCAUGAGAGAGCUCAUGAGUUGCUCUAUCUGGGAACCCUAUACGGGUUGUAUCCGGGUUUACACAACAAGACUUCAAGGGAGUGGUGUUUGGAUGUUAGGUCACUGUCCAUUGGUGCAGCUCACACUGCACUUGAAGAGUGGAUGGGAACACUCUACAAAAUUGUUCAGCGUGAGGAGGCGUUGCCGGAGUUGUUUUCAGCCCAAACGGGUACCGGAACACACAAGUUCUCUCAAGGGCUGGCUCAUUCCUUUGCUUCUCAUGUGGAGAAAUUGGCUGCACCAUUUAGGAAGAGUGAAGAGAAAGCUGGUCGUUUUGUGGCGACCAGGGAGGAUUUAGUAUCUUGGGUGCAGUCACAGGCUCCAUCUACAGCCAUCACAGCUUAA